AUGUUCACGCGCACGUUACUUGGUCUGAUAACUGUGGUGGUCGCCUUAUCUGCUCCAGGGGGUAGCUCGGACGUCGAUUGGUGGGAGAAUGCGGCACUGUACCAAAUCUAUCCGCGGUCCUUUCAGGACAGCGAUGGCGAUGGUGUUGGCGAUCUGCAGGGCAUUGCAUCGCGUCUUGCUUAUCUGAAGGAGAUUGGCAUUACGGCGACUUGGCUUUCACCCGUUUUUGCCUCGCCCAUGUCAGAUUUUGGAUACGAUAUAUCCGACUUUAAAGCUAUUGACCCUGUAUUUGGAACUUUGGAUGAUUUUGACGAGAUGAUCGCCAAGGCCAAGGCAUUAGGCAUCAAGAUCAUACUGGACUUUGUGCCCAAUCACUCCAGUGAUGAGUGCGAAUGGUUUGAAAAGUCUGUGAAUCGCCAGGAUGGCUAUGACGACUUCUACGUCUGGCACGAUGGCAAACUAAACGAGCAAACGGGUGCACGUGAGCCGCCCAGUAAUUGGGUCAGCGUUUUUGGUGGACCCCAGUGGACGUGGAAUGAGGUGCGGCAGCAAUAUUUUCUUCAUCAGUUUCAGGUCAAGCAGCCGGACAUGAACUUCAGCAGCCCGAUGGUGCGAGAGCAUCUACUGGAGGUGCUACGCUUCUGGUUAGACCGCGGCGUUGACGGCUUUCGUAUAGACGCCGUGCCGCAUAUUUUUGAGUACCGCAACGAGGACGGUAGCUAUCCAGACGAGCCACUAAGUGGCUGGUCGGAUAAUCCCGACUCUUACGACUACCACGACCAUGUCUACACAAAGGAUCAGCCAGAAACGGUGCAGCUGCUCUACGAGUGGCGCGAAUUCCUAGAGAAAUAUCAAGAGGAGCAUGGUGGCGACUCUCGAGUGCUGCUGGCCGAGGCCUAUUCGCCGGUGGAAACACUAAGCUUAUACUUUGGAAACGGAGAGCAGCGUGGCGCCCAGUUACCCAUGAACUUUCAGUUGAUGUAUCUUAAUGGGUACUCCACGGCGUACGACGUUAAGAAUUCUAUUGACUAUUGGAUGCAGACCAUGUGGGCCCAGCAUCAGACGGCCAACUGGGUAGUGGGGAAUCAUGACACUAACCGCGAGGCCGACAGAAUGGGCGCACAUAAGGUUGAUUUGCUCAAUGUUAUUGUAAAUGCAUUGCCGGGUGCCUCAGUUACCUAUUACGGGGAGGAAAUUGGAAUGGCCAAUGUGGCUACCGAGUGUACAGAAAUCUCAUGUGAUGGUCGGGAUGGUGAGAGGACGCCUAUGCAAUGGUCCCCCACCAAAAAUGCCGGCUUCUCGACGGGCUCCGGCACUUGGCUGCCAGUCAGUGAAGAUUAUGAGCGCUACAAUGUACAGACGGAAAGGGGCGUGGCACGCUCAACUCUGCAGAUAUUUAAAGGUCUACAGGAACUGAAGAAGAGUUCGGCCUUCCAGGCAUUUAAGACUGCAGGCGGUUUCUCGUACGAGGCUGUAUCCACGCACGUUUUUCAAAUUAUUCGAUCUAAUCAACUCAAUGAGGAGUAUCGCAUAUAUGUGAACCUGGGCAAUGGGAUUGAGGUUCUCAAUGGCCUUUCUGAUAAAGUUUAUGAGUUCGUUUUGCUUACCUCAUACUCCCCUCGCAGGUUGGGCGAAUUGAUUGAUUUGCGAGAUCGAUUGGUUCUUAUGCCAUACGAAGCCAUUGUUCUACGCUGGUCAGCGUGAGUUUACUAUAAAUUGCACGUUUGGAUUAUGUUUUUGAUUUUAAUCAGAGUGUGGUUUUAUGGCAAUGCCCUGUGUUUUAUUUACAUAGUUUUUUGACGAGCCCAAUAAAGAUUACAGCUGAACAA